AUGGUCUUUCUCUUUUUAGUCUACGUCAUGUUGAUGCUAAAUGCGGCCGCAGCUGCAACGCCUAAAUACGUAUUUGCGCAUUAUAUUACCGGAAACGCGGCCCAUAUAACACAGGAUCAACUAGAGUCAGAUAUGAAAAUCGCCAAACAUGCAUUCAUUGAUGGCUUUGCCCUAAACAUUGCUCAACAAGAUCAAAACACCGACUUUGUACUACAGAAAGCCUAUGCAGCCGCUGAAAAAGUCGGUGAUUUUUCUCUUUUCCUGUCCUUUGACUAUCUAUCUGGUGGGCCGUGGCCGGUGGAUAGGGUGGUUGACACCAUCAACCGCUAUAAACCCCAUCCAGCUCAGUUUUAUUAUAACAAAAAACCUCUUGUGUCGACAUUUGAAGGUGUGGGGAAUACCAAUGACUGGACAGAGAUUAGAAACAAGACCGACUGCUUUGCGAUGCCGGACUGGACGAGCCUAGGGCCCGAGUCCUUUACCAAUGUCCGAGACAAGGUUGACGGCUUUUUCAGCUGGGAUGCUUGGCCAUUUGGGACAGAAAAUAAGAGCACGGAAGGUGAUGAGGCAUGGGCCAACGCGACUGGUGGCAAGCCGUAUAUGAUGCCUGUUUCGCCAUGGUUUUAUACAAAUUUGCCCCAGUGGAACAAGAACUGGCUCUGGAAAGGUGCGCAUCUGUGGACACAACGCUGGGAAGAUAUCUAUUACUUUCAGCCGGACCUUGUCCAGAUUAUUUCGUGGAACGACUACGGCGAAUCCCACUACAUUGGCCCUGUCCAUGAAGACGGCAUUCCGCAAGGAGCGUCACGAUACGUCCAGGACAAUCCCCACGAUGCAUGGCGUGCCUUGUUACCGUAUUUUAUUGCAUCCUACAAAACCGCAAACAGAUCCAGGAUCCGAGUAGUGAGGGAUACACUAGUAUUUUGGUACCGCCCCAAUCCAAACGAUUCUGGGAGUGAUGGUGGCACUACCGGCAACAGUCCGCAACAUGGCCAGCCGGCAAUGGAUCCACGCCUUCUUGCCGAGGACAAGAUUUACAUCGCAGUCCUGGUGAAAGAGCCCAGUUUCAUUUUGGCGCAAAUCGGCGAUGGGCCGAUAGUCUCCCUAGAGGCUCAGCACUCUGGAAUAAACAGUUUCGAGGUGCCGUUUGAUGGACAGCUGGGGAAUACCACAUUUGCAAUCGUGAGGGAUGACAAGGAGGUGGCAUACGCAACGGGUCCGCCGAUUACCAAGGAGUGUGUGGAUGGAACGAUCAACUGGAACGCAGUUGUUGGGUCGAGCUAG